GCAGUUCAAAAUAUAGUUUCGCGUUUUCAGUGUUCCACACAGUUAUCUGAUAUUUAACUAGUGACGCAGAUUCUUUUCUAACCUUUGUCUUGUAGACAUUCUUGUUGCACACUUUCUGGUGCAAAGCAAAGGUUUCCUUUAUACCUGAUACGUCUAAAGACAUGGCAGAAACUAGAAAAGCUCGUAUUGAUCACUUCUUUCGAUGUACUCCAAAACGUGGUGAAGAACGCAAGGCUGUCGGCCUCGCAAGGUGGAAGGAACGUCAAGAAAAGAAUUUCGCGUCAUGUUUUUCUUUGGCAAAUAAAUUAAAACUGUAUUUUCAUUCAAAAUCUGUUUCACAUUCAAAGGCAGCCCCAAAGGAAAUUCAGAAGCCAUGCGUUCAAACACAAGAGUCAAAUAGUUUACCCAAGAGGUCGUUGAAGAAACCACCUUUCAUAGUUCCUGGAAGAAUUCGACACAAUGACAGUCAUCUCCUCCAAGCAGUUCCACAAGUGAAGAAUCCACCCAAGAAAAUCAUAUCAACAAAGCAACCUAUUAAGCCAUCAACAUGGUCAACAUCAAAACAAGUUUCAAGCAAAAUCAAUUCAGCAGCAGCUGUUACCAAGACACCUUCAGAAAAAGAUGCAUGCCCUCAGUGUAAAAGAUUUGUUCCUCCAGCAGGAAUAAAAAUACCUGAACAAUCCUCUGUAAUAUUGGCACAGGAAACUGAUCAGCAAAAUGCAAAUUCUGCCAAUCCUUUUAAACAGAAUUUCCCUUCUGUUUCCAAACCAAAUCCUUGGAUCACAGUCGAUCGAAGAACUUCUGUGCAGAAGCCGUUUAAUAGUUUGUUGUCAUCUCAAGAGUCGUCAGCUCCGCAAGCCGCGUUUUUCCGUGAAGACGUCACCUACCUGGAGAGCGAAGAAGAGGAUGUCGAUCCAGAAUCAAAACCAUGUGACUAUCAGAGCAUCCGUCAUAGUAAUAAAGAUCAAGUUGCAGUAAAAUAUCCUAUUAAAAAAAAUGCUGUUAACUGCAAUAUCACAGUGGAAGAACAACAAGAGCAAUUCACUGUUACAGCGGAAGUUCAUCCAGUUAUGAAUGAUCACGACAACAAGAACGACCCGACAAACAAAAUAGGGUCUGUAACACUGCCUGAAGUCUGCAAAGCACCCGAGAAGGUAGAAAUAGCUUUGCAGUUAAGAGCCCAAAUGGAUCAAAAGAAAGCACACCUGGAUGGAUUGUGUAAUUUGUGGAGUGGCGCACUUAAAGAAGAAGAUGAUAUACCACAAGAUGACGUUGGAUCCAUUCUCACGGUCAUAGGACAGACACAGCAGCUGCAGCGUGAAAGAUUUCAUCAGUAUUCCACUUUGAUACUUCAAUUUGAGAAGAACACUGCCGAAAAGACAAUCACACGAACUGACUUGGAAGGUUUUUGGGAGAUGAUUUCCCUUCAGGUUACGGAUGUAGAAAAUAAAUUUACGCAACUAGAUUAUCGACGUAAAGCCGGUUGGAAGUGCCAGGAAAACAUUGAAUCUCUUGGACGGAAAAAAAGAAACCCUAAAAGUAGAACUCAAAAGAAAAAAGAUGCUAGUGAACAUGAAAUGAAGUCUUCUGGAAUUCGAUCCCAUAUAGCGUUGCUAAGAAAAAAACAAGUAGAAUCAAUAACAUCUAUUGUAGACAAUCCAGUCGCUUUCCUGGAUCAUCAGCCAUCGCCGGUGGUUGUUCUUUCUCGUCUGAACGUUGAAGCAAAUGAUUUUUCACAUUUAAAACAAAGUAAGGGGGAAGGCGACACUAUGCAACAACCUUACAGCUGCCAGCAAGUCCUUUUAUCAACCAAAGUAGAAGGCUGUACUCCGAAUAACGACGAAUCGGAGACCGUAUGUCACAAAUAUUUACUACGAGAGAGAAAAAAGCAUAAAUCAGCUACGCAUGUCGGAUUUUUUUCAUCGCCACAUCAACCAAACAUAUCUCGGUUGCGCAGCCACACUGCUGAUUGCAAGGUAGAUGAAUCCGGCUUUCCAAACUCUUCAGUUCUACUUCCAGAAAAUUCUACCACAAAUAACGACAAAAUAGAAACUCCGAAAGCCGUCAAAGUGCUUCGAAUGAACAGGAAGAAGCAUAAGUCGGAAAUUGACGGUGGAUUUUUUUCAUCUCCACAUGAAACGGAUAGUCCUCGGCAACGUAGUCGCUCGACCGAAUCUGUGCUAGAUCAACCAUGUUCGUCAGUGGAGCGGUGGAAAAUGCCAAUAUCCAGCCGAUUUCGCGAUAGUCCCAAAUUAUUUUCUCCAACUGUUAAACAAAUUAAAACUCGCAGUGGCCGCGUAAGUCAGUCGCCAGCGAGAUUUGGGCAAAAUGAGACAAUGUCACCGUAUUCAUUAAAGUCAUCCUAUUCCCAAUAUACUAAAUUACAGAAGGAAAACACAGAAAAGUCAUCUGAAAAUGCUGACCACCUUUCAUCAAGUAAGGAAGAGAAUAAUAACGACGUUAGUAGAUUCCCAACAAUGCCAUCGGAACAUGCUUCAACUUAAAUUGUAUCUUUCGCUGUAAACACGGCUUACGUUUCGUUUUUACGUUUCAUUUUCCAUAAUUUUCCCUUAUAAAAUAUGGAGUAUUUCAGUUAUAGAGCGUGUC